AAACCAUGAAAGAGUUGUUUGGACAGUGGAGGGAGCAAGGCGAGAGCAAACCCUCGCUGCCGGAGUUCCCCCACCGUGACUGGCUACGAUGCAAAUGCGAUGCUGACCGGCAGAGAAAGCUUGAUCCGAUUGAUAGGCAAACGCAGGCGCUUUCUUCCAAGUCGCCAGUCUCUCUUCUCCAAUCCAGAACCGAUCUCUUUGAAUCUCUCCAAUGACAAUGAUGGAGACGUUUGCUCGGGAAAGUUUGCUGAACAACCUCAAGAAGCUAAUUUGAACCAAUUUAAAUAUGUUGGGGAUGAGACUGAGAAUAAGACCCCUCAUGUUGAGAUAGCUUGCCCAGUUUGUGGCUGUAAGAUUGAUGGGGAUAACUAUGAGGUCAAUUCUCAUCUUGAUGUAUGUCUCUCUCAAAGAACCAAGCGAAAACUCACUCAGCGCACCCUCCUUCAGUUGAACUUCAGCCCAACAUUAAAAGUGCAGAAUAUUCCUGCUGACUCGUUGAAGUCAGAAAAUGCUGUGGUCCUGAGAAAUUGUAAUAACCAUGUUCCACAUAAUCUAAGUAAUGUUUUACCUGGUCUUACAGCCAAGGAAGAAAGUGAGAAAAAGUGUAAACUUACUCACAAUCCGGACCAUAAUCACAAUGGUUGUUGCAAAAUUGGAAGCUCAUCCUUGUCCUCUAAGGAUGGGCUCCCAAAAUUAGAGCUGGCUAAUUGUAGGUCCAGUUUAUCCGGGGCAACACUUGAAACUUUCUUAGUUGGUCGUAGAUAUACUGGUCAUGAGGAGAUACACCCUGGUGAUACCUUCUCUCUUGUGAGGGAUCCUCACAAUGUUAACGAUUCCAAUGCCAUUAAGGUUGUUUCUGCUGAUUCUGGAAGUUCUAAAUUAUUAGGUUUCCUCUCUCGUGAGCUAGCACAAUAUCUAUCACCUCUAGUGGACAAUUAUGGCCUUAUAUUUGAGGGACAUAUCUCUUCUGUUCCGGAACAUUCUGUUGAUGCUGUUCCAAUUCAAAUUGUAUGCCAGAGAGAAUCAGACUUUGAAAGGGGGCUUGACGAUGAAACUUUCAAAUGUUUAUGGGAAAAUGCUCAGCAUGUGGUUGAGAUCAGAAGGAAUGAUCCCCCUUCUGUGAAGUAUCAGCUCAAUUUUUGUCUUAUACUGAAGGAGGUGUUGAGAAGUAAUUUUCACCUUUUAACUGAUGAUGAAAAAGAGUAUCUAGAGUUAUUCACUUUGCUCUCAAAUGAUAGUCAGAGGCUUUUUAUCCGGCUGUACACUAGAAAAGGGCCUUGGUUUCGAAUGUCUUGUAUAUCCUAUACUGAAAUAAUAGAUGUUCAAAAAGCAGCGAAGGGACUUGCUGACAAAGGAUAUGUAUGUUAUGUUGAAGAUGGAGACCAUGUAUGUGAAAGUGAGAUGAAAGAUAUUUUGAAUACGCUCACGGUCUCUGAGCUACGUGAAAUUUGGUGUCUUCUUGAAAAGAGUUGCAAUCGUGGGUUGAGAAAGCAAGAUCUUGUUGCAUCUCUUCUUUCUUCAUACGCUGAUGGACUGUGGCCGUUUCUAUCAACUGAGAUUUUGAAUAGAACUGGCACCUGUAUCAAAAUAGCUUCAAAAGCUGAAACUCUCAUGUGGCGUGCUGAGAGGCUUUUUUUCCUAAAUGGAGAGCAGGAUCUCUCAACGUUUCUGCUUGUUGACAUGGGAAAAGUUAAGUAUCCAACUUAUAGUUGCAUAACAUCAGAACCAAUUUUCUCAAACCGCAGUGACCUGCUCUUGUACGAGGAGGCCAUUGAAGUUGCUCAGAUAAUGGAUGAAGCUCUUGAUACACAUGACAAUGAAUUGGUAUUGAAAUGCAUAAAGAUUGCUGAAUCCCAUGUGUCUACUGUUUUGCCAAUCCAGUACUCGACUGCUGAAUCAGUAGUUUCAUUUCGUUGUUUAUAUACUGCAUCAUGGGUACAUUCCAAAGUGGUCACGUUAGGGAUUUCAUUUCUUGAGCAACUGCGCAGGUACAGUGAUGCAAUUGGCUUAUUGAAGCAGCUGCUGAGUUUUUUCACACAUGAUGUAAGACGAGGAUAUUGGACGCUGAGGUUAUCUGUUGACUUGGAGCACCUAGGCUAUAUUGAUGAGAGCCUUCAGGUAGCUGAAAAUGGGUUGCUUGAUCCAUGGAUACGUGCUGGUUCAAGAGUGGCACUUCAAAGACGGGUUCUUCGCUUAGGAAGACCACCAAGGAGAUGGAAAGUUCCAAGUUUUUCAAAGUCCAUAAACAGGGAGAUCACGGAGGUUUAUGUUCAAGGGAGACCUUUGAAUUCUGAAUUGGGUGCUAAGAACAGGUUCUAUAAUGAAGAGGGGGAGCAGUGUGGAGUGGAACAGCUUGCUUUGCAUUAUUACGUUGAGAUGGAAGGCGGAUGGCAGGGUGUUCAUACAGAAAGUGGUAUAUGGCUGACCAUUUUUGGGCUUCUUAUGUGGCACAUCAUAUUUGCAGAUGUACCAAAUGUCUUCUACAAUAGAUUUCAGAUUGCACCUUUCGAUCUUGUCACGGAUGGAUUUUAUACAGCGAGAAAGAGUAUCAUAGAAUCUCAUCUUCGGCAAAUUCAUGAUGGCAUGGCUGAGGAAUUUCUCAUAAAAUCAUGGGAAACACAUUAUGGUACGAGAUGUAGAGGAGUCAAUUGGGAUUGCCAUUCUUUAGAUGAGCUUCGUGCUGCUGUUGCGUGUGUCGGAGGACCCUGUUUGGCCUCUCUCUGCAGACUAUUUGCUCAAGACUAUCAGAGCUGGUCCAGUGGAAUGCCAGAUUUACUGCUAUGGCGUUUCCAUGGGGAAUACAGUGGUGAGGCCAAGCUUGUUGAAGUUAAAGGUCCCAAAGAUCGCCUCUCCGAACAGCAGCGAGCCUGGCUGCUUCAGCUUAUGGAUUGUGGAUUCAAGGUAGAGGUUUGUAAGGUGAAGCCAUGAUGAAUUAGUACACAAGUGGCCCAAAAUAGCUGGAGAAGCAAAUGAAAAUGAGAGCUUAGCAAAUUUUUCUUUUGCUUAUGAGAAUGGUUUUACCUCGCAAAUAUUCAUUGUUGAGCAUUACUUUGGUUGGAUACCAAGGAGCUGUUUCUCGGACCAUUACUUUGGUUGCUAAUAUUCAUUGUUGAACAUUGCUUUGGAUGGAUACAAAGGAUGCAAAUAUCCAUAAGUUGCCCAAAAUAUUUUUGUUUUUUGUUUUCUUUUUAGGUUUUUGGAUCUGAGAGGAAUUUCGUUGCUUGUGGAAUUCAAGGAACAGGUGAAGAGGAGGGAAAUGACUUAUCACAUGCAAUAAUCUGUGGGCAAGAACCAUCAACAUAUCAAUAUAUGGCAUAAUGGAGCUUACUUUUUA